GCCCUAACACAAGGUCUUUCUCCACCAUUGGCUUCGUUUAUUGCAGAGAUUGUGUGAGUUUUCUGUUAAACUCCUUGACAGAGGCGAGGUCACUGAGUGUGCACGUAUAGGCCUCCUAAAGUGAAAGAUUUUAUAAUCCCUGGAAUUAUGUCUUUCUCUUUUAUUAAGAAGGACGCAAUCAGUGUUAGAAAUCCAUUACUAAUGUUUCAGCAUUAUGCUUCCUGGCAGGGGGUGAAAUAAACGAGUAGCUAGAGUAGACAGGACAUUACAGUUCCAGUGCAUUCUUUAAAACAUUAAAGCUUAUAGUUUUAUGUGGGUUGAAAAGGACAUAACAAACCUGUAAUUAACAGAUAAUCGUCCUCAAUUCUAUGUCUACGUAUUGUCUUCAGCUUCUCAGUCUCUACUGCCUUCGUAUGCUAUUGCAAUAAAGAAUAAACAGUAAAAAAACCUCUGCUUUUGGCUUUUGUUAUUACUUUCUUCCUUUUUUACAUCUCUACAAGCAAAUAUAAAAUCUGAUUUCUUGAGUAAAACCACUAAUAUUAGUUACAAAGCCUUUUAAUUUUUCAAGAAAACUUCACUAGCGUCCAAGAAACCAAUUCAGAGACAGUUUACAAUCAGUAAUGAGUGUACUUUAUAAAUGUUAGCUGUUUGUGGCAUUGCAAUAUGCAUGCCUUUUAGUCUACUGUAAUGAGGAAGCAAGACAUAAAAGAUCUCACUGAUUAUCUUUCAUUAAUUUGAGGUCUGCGAGCUAGAUUUGGCCUGAUGAUUUUCACAUAUAAGUUCUCGAAAAGGUAUCUUUGACACCUCCCCAGCUGAGUGGAACAACAAACAGUGGUUCAUACUGUCCCUGUUGGGGGAAAAAACCUACAAAUCUACUUCCCCUUCCCACCCCUUCUCAAAAAUGGUGCAAUUGUGUUCAUGCUGACUGAUUAAUGAUUAGACUUGUUUGGUGCUGAUGCCUGUCCAAGAAACGGUCUGGGGAUUGACUAAGGAAUACUAAGGGAGGGAAACAACCGUGUGCAAGAAAUGUGCUGCAAGGACACAGAGGAGAAGUACUGGAAACAAUUGACUUUGUUGCACCUAACGAAAGAGUUGUUUUCAGAACCUGUGAGAGGGAGAAGGACCAUGUUGUCUUUCAAAUGAAUUCCUGAUCUGCGGGUACACAUGCAGUCAAGAUGCUACGUUAUCAGUUCUUCAUGCAGCUGUUUUCAGAAGAGGGUUCAGCAGAUGCUGAAAGAGCACUGGCAGUGGCUAAGCUUGUGGAGAAUGAUGUAGCUGGUAUUGACAUCAACAUGGGAUGCCCAAAAGAAUAUUCCACUAAGGCAAGUAUGGGAGCAGCACUGCUAUCUGAUCCUGACAAAAUAGAGUCUAUAUUGACAACCCUUGUAAAAGGGAUUUGUAAACCAAUAACCUGCAAAAUCCGCAUUUUGCCCUCGGUGGAGGAUACUGUGAAUCUGGUAAAGAGAAUAGAAAAAACUGGUAUUGCUGCCAUUGCAGUCCAUGGAAGGAAGAAGGAGGAGAGGCCUCAGCACCCUGUCCACUGUGAUGUGAUCAAAGCCAUAUCUGAAGCAAUCUCCAUUCCAGUAAUAGCAAAUGGAGGAUCUCAUGACUUCAUCAAAGAAUAUAUGGACAUCGAGACCUUCCAGAAAGCAACAGCUACGUCAUCAGUAAUGAUAGCACGUGCUGCCAUGUGGAAUCCAUCUGUCUUCAGAAAAGAGGGUCUUCUCCCCUUGAAGCAAGUCAUGCAAGAUUACAUCAAAUAUGCAGUGAGAUACGAUAAUCACUAUACCAACACAAAAUACUGUUUGUGUCAGAUGCUAAGGGAACAGUUGGAAACUGCUCAGGGUAAGAAGCUGCAUGCUGCACAGUCCACACAGGAGAUCUGUGAAGCCUUUGAAAUGACUGACUACUAUGAAGAAACAACUGCUAUUUUUGAAGCGAAGAAGACAUCUUUGGAAAUUGGCACACAGGAUGAAGAUGACCAAAUGCAAGAUCCAGAUGUAAUAAAAAUGGCUGUUAAAUUUGACAAGCGAGAAUAUCCACCACAGAUUACUCCAAAAAUGUAUCUUCUGGAAUGGUGUAGGAAAGAAAAGCAUCCUCAGCCUGUUUAUGAAACUGUUCAAAGACCACUCGAUAGAUUAUUCUGUUCAGUAGUGACAGUAGCUGAGCAAAAAUACACAUCAACUCUCUGGGAGAAGUCAAAGAAACUAGCAGAACAGGCUGCAGCUAUUGUCUGUCUGAGAACAUUGGGUGUCCCAGAGGGAAAGCUGUGUGAGGGAGAAAAUCACCUGAUUAACAAACGCAAGAGGGAAGACCAGGAGUGCCUGAAUAACAGAGACUGCAGAGAAGAUCCUGCUGAGCCUUCCUGUAAAAAAGCUAAUGUUAUUGAAGAAUCUUCUGCCGUGAAUGUGCCUAAGAUGCCAUGACAGCAUGGAAAUUACAGGUUUCACACCUAUGCAGCUACAAAUUCUCUCCUCUUUGUAUAUCUUGCUGUUCACAUUUCGUUUGGAUUCCCUCAGAGACUGAUAAAUUCCCCAGUUGUGAAAAAUGCCACUGAGAUGUUUACUGUUCACCACUGUCCCUAUGGUGCCUUUCAGACAGUAUAAAUUAGCAACUUGAUUUUAAACAACAUUGAGAAGAUUAUCCCAAAUAAUAAAACUUUUAAAGUACCAGA